AUGGCAUUUACAAAAUUGAUCGUGGUUUGUGUCCUUUUGGUUGUCGUUUUUGGCAAGUCCAUCAAGACACCAAGUGUUAAAAGUGACGUACACAACAUUGACUUAUGUUUGGGGUCAGCCAAUAAUCUGGCUUAUCAAACUCAAGUGUACGAAAAAGGUAAAUUUUUGCAAACAAUUACCGAAACCAGAAAAUUUCCGUCAGAAGGGGUUACAAAUGAUAAAAAAAUUACAUGUAUUUAUGUUGACGAUUUGAUUGGUAACAACCAGGGGGGUUAUCCGAAUAUCGAAACUGGAGGCAUUGGAGCCACUCAUGUGACUAUCAGUAUGGUAUCACAAUUUUGUAAGGGAAUGGGCUUCAUCAUUUCAAUAUACACUGAAUAAAAUGUUU